GGUGGUCGUAGAGGAAUCUCGCCUACUAUAAAAGGCGCCCCCUCCAAGUCUUUCUUCAGCCUCCCCAUAGCUUUCGGUCUCAGCGAUCCUGAGGUUAAUUUGGUCAGUUCCACAAGAGCACGUGUAAAGCACCUGACAAUUUUUACUGCCUUGAAUUUCCAUAUUUGACUUGUGGAGAUGGCUGAGGAGGGUCACAAGGUUUCCCUGAAUGUGUAUGACCUAAGUCAAGGGCUGGCUCGGCAGCUCUCAAUGACAUUCUUGGGAAAGGCUAUUGAAGGCAUAUGGCAUACAGGAAUUGUGGUUUAUGGCAAUGAAUACUAUUUUGGUGGAGGUAUCCAGCAUUCUCCUGCGGGGACUACUCCAUAUGGUACCCCACUCCGAGUGAUUGAUUUGGGUGUCACACACGUACCAAAAGAUGUGUUUGAAAUGUAUUUACAGGAGAUCAGUCCCCGGUAUACUGCUGAAACUUAUAGUUUGCUGAAGCACAAUUGCAAUAACUUUAGUAAUGAGGUUGCUCAAUUCUUGGUGGGUGCAACCAUUCCAGAAUAUAUUCUGGAGCUGCCUAAUGAGGUUAUCAAUAGCCCAAUGGGUGCUCUUAUAUUGCCGAUGAUACAGCAACUGGAGACAACACUGAGAGCAGGGGCUGUUCCUCAAGUUCCACAGUUCAAGCCUUCAGCAAUGGUCCAGCCCAUGCCUUCUGCCAAUGGUAACCUCAACAAAUCCUCAGACAGCUGCAUCAAUGAGGCUGAGAGCAAUUCAAAAUCUGAAAAACAACCCAGCAAGGCUGAUGUGCUGGUGCCCCCUGCAGUCAAACCUGCAGUAGUGAAAGAGAAGGCUGCUGUGAGUGACCCCCUAGGAGAUGCUCGGAGCAAGGUGCAGGAAGAGAUCAGCACUGAAUUUGCUGCAAUCAUGGCAACUGGGACGCUACGAGCAAGUGAGGCUGCAGCACUGGCCACAAAGAGAGUGAUGCAGAGAUAUGGGCACAUGAAUGUUGCAACUUCCCAGAGUUAGAAUUUGACAGAGAAGGGUCUUCAGAUGAAUGAUGUAUUUUUUUUUUAAUCUCCCGAUUAUGGGUUUGUUAAACCCAUCAUUUAUACUAGAAUCUGAUUUUGUCUUUAACACAUAAUAUGAUUGAACUCCAUUUGUGAUUUGAAAUGGAAUAUAUUGAGACCAUGGACCAUUAAAGGGAGUGGUACUGUGGUAUUGGUAUAAGAUUCCUUGCCAUGAUGUUUUUUGUUUA